AGGGAAACCAGCAGAUUAGCUAGCAGAGGUUAGCAUUAGUACAGAGACAGCUACACUGACUCAACACUUCAGUCCUGAUCGCAGCUUUAUUUCUGUUUCUCUUGAGGUUCAAUCAAACCAAAAUGGAUCUUUUCUUCAACGACAUGACAAUACCGUCCACUUCCCAGUCCACUCCUAAGAAGGGACAUGAAGAGUCUCAUUUGAUGGUAGAAACAGACCAAGACUCCUCAUUUGGGAAGUUUUCAACUGCACGCAUGAAUAACACUCAAGAGCAUCAUAUGAGCUCAAGCAUAGACAACAUCAGCAGAAGGGCGCAGGAGCUGGUAGAAAAGAUUAACGAUGGCCGCACCGGAGACCAGAAAGCGUUGGACAGCUUUCAUGAGAAGUUGGUGGAGAAGGUGACAGAGGCGUGUCAGCAGAUGAAGGAGCACAUGUACAGGGUUUAUGAGGAGAACAGUAAUGAGAUGCAGGUGAAGCUGCAGGAGUUGUCUGAGGUACUGGAUAGCUGCACUAAACUCUGUAAUGAGCUCCGGGAGGCCAACCAGGCCCUGGCAGGUCUCAGAGAGGGUCUGGCCAUUGCAAUGAAAGAGUCCUCAUAA